GCCACCUCUCUCUCUCUCUCUCUCUCUCUCUCUCUGGUGAGAAUUUAUGGAGUAUUAUUAUUACAAAAAUCAUCAUCAGAGGUGGGGGAGGCCAUCCUCAAACGAUGAGUUUACUGUUUGUUAUUCUUAUUCAUCUCCUCCAAAUCCCAUAUCAUCAUCUCUGAUGAGAAGCGUCUCGCAGAAGAUAUUCACGACCUCCACUAAAUCUCCUCUUGCGAGGACCUUUUCACAGAAGAGCAGCAGCAGCAGCUCUUCUAAUAAUUCCUUGAAGCUGCUUCAGGCUCCUCUUUCAAGAAGCUCUUCCCAGAAAAGCCCACCUAAUUCUCAGAAGUCUCCUCCUCUAUCUUCUUUACGGAAGAGAUCAUCCAUGUCCAGCUCGUCCAGAUAUUCCAAGCCUAGUUCUCUCUCGAGAAGCGCUUCAGCAGCAAAGUGCAGUGAUUUCGCCAGAAAGUGCAGCAGCUUGGCGAGGGAGCGGCGGGCCAGGUUUUACAUAAUGAAGCGCUGUAUCAAUAUGCUUGUUUGCUGGCACAUUAAGCAUGCCGAUUUCUGAUCAUCCAUCCCACUCAUUGAUAUCAGAGCCCUUCAUUUGGCUAGCUAGCUACCCAUAUACAUAAUUUUACUUUUAUAACUAUAUCAUGCUCGGCUCUUCUUUGUGUGAGAUGGAUCGAUCCUGGGUAUGUAUAGCCCAGAUGUUCGACUUUCCUGGCCAUCCAAUUAAGAAGAGAUCGCACUGUAACACAUAUACUUGUCUUGUGUUUAAUUUGUGUGCCUAAUUAAUUAGCUUCAAUUGAAGGCGCUUUCAAAUGAAUAUUUUUAUUUUUUAUGCUGC